AUGUCUGAUAUUGAACAUCCCAACAUCCUCUCGCGGCUUUCCCAGCUCAACCGCAAGUGGCCGUCCGUCUUUUUGCCGUCGAUGCCACAGUCCCUAGCUCCAAGAAAGGGUCGAGAUGCACGCGAAAUUAAUCCAAGGCUCGCUCUAUUAGAAGCUCUUGAUACGCCGCCAGAACCCUCGGCCGAUGAGGUUAAAGCUUCAAAGUUCUUUAAUGGAGAGGAAUCUUCAUCCGGGGACUCUUCCCUGUCUGAGCUGGAAGACGAGCCAGUACUGCAAGGAAAUUCGGAUGGCGAUGACGAUGACGAUGACGACGAUGACGAAGAUGUGAGCUGGGAAGAUGCGACUUCUAAUGCAACUCCUCAGACCAAAACCCCAGUCCUGAGAGACUUGAGCAUAAUACUAGAAAGAAACGAAGAAUCAUUUACUCCAUAUUCGCCUUCUUCGAAAAAAGGCCCUAGUAAGAUCGACCGUCUAAUUCGGAUCCAAACGCAUUGCAUGCACGUACAGUUCCUUCUAUUCCACAAUGCUGUUAGGAAUUCGUGGAUUAAUGAUGCAGAAGUAAAGGAAAUCCUCCUUGACCACUUACCAGAGAGAAUCAAUAAACAACUAGAGAAGUGGAAAGCAAUGGUUGAGUCAUGUGGUCCAUCAUCAGAGGGCCAGGAUGAUUCUACAUACCAAUUAUUGACGAUGCUCGCUUCUUACUGGGCCGGAUCUUUUGAAAUAACUGCUCCCGGGCUGAGGAAAAGAGGAUAUCGGCCCAUGCCAGUUCUCGGAAGAGAGAUUACCAAAUUCAAUGGACCGGAUGAAGAACACAAUGCACAUGGGGAGCUUAUUCGAGACAUAACUGAAUUCCGUGAACUUGCUCGAAAGCGCCAGGGGUCCCGCGAUGCAGGUGCUCAACUCUUUACCUCUCUUUUAAGAGCUAUCGGUAUGGAAGCAAGGAUGGUUGCCAGCCUACAGCCGAUUGGAUUCGGAUGGAGCAAGUUCGAGGAUUAUAACCCUAAAGAAGAAAAGGCAAACCGUCCAGGGAGGAAGAUCGAUAAAGAUCUCAACUGCCCAAUAUAUUGGUCUGAGGUUGUAUCACCCAUCACGAAUGACAUUAUACCUGUUGAAACACAUGUUCUACCAUUUUAUCUAGCCAGGACGCCAGAGCGCCUUGCGAUGUUUGAACCGCCAGCACCAAAGGUGGAGAAAGCCAAACAAGUUAUAGCGUAUGUGGUUGCAUAUUCUCCAGAUGCAACUGCAAAAGACGUCACUAUUCGAUACCUGAAAAAACAGGUCUGGCCUGGAAAAACAAAAGGAUUUCGAAUACCAGUAGAAAAGAUUCCGUACAAUGAGUCUGGAUCUCGUUCGUAUUACGAAUAUGACUGGUUCAAAACUGCAAUGAGAGGCUAUGUUCGACCCGCAAGUAAAAGGACAGUCGCUGAUGUCAAGGAAAAUGCAUCGCUUACACCCAGUCAAGCAAGAAGUAGGCCAAAAGAGGGGGAUACACUGCAGAGCCUGAAAGCAUCUGAUGAGUUUGUUCUUGAGAGAUUUUUAAAAAGGGAAGAAGCGCUCCGCUCCGGUGCAACUCAUGUGCGAACCUUCACUACUGGCAAAAAUGAAAAGAAAAAAGAAGAAAAAGUUUAUAAACGGUCAGAUGUAGUGAGAUGUCUUUCCGCUGAGAGCUGGCACAAAGAGGGACGAAAAGUUAAGAUGGGAGAAACACCACUCAAGCUCGUUCCUAUUAGAGCGGUAACGUUGAAUAGGAAGAGGGAGGUGGACGAGCUCCAUCGUGAAACCGGUGAGAAGCCGAUGCAAGGACUGUAUGCCCUUUAUCAAACGGAAUUUAUAAUUCCACCGCCUAUCAAAGAUGGAAUAAUACCCAAAAAUGAAUACGGAAACAUCGACUGUUUUGUUCCCUCCAUGAUACCACAAGGUGCGGCACAUGUGCCAUUCCCUGGGACCGUCCGUGUUUGCAAGAAACUCGGCAUAGACUAUGCAGAAGCAGUUACAGGCUUUGAAUUUGGCAGUAAGAUGGCUGUCCCUAUAAUAGAAGGAGUAGUCGUUGCGGCCGAGAACGAAACUCUUUUAAAAGAUGCGUGGAUAGCAGACGAACAGGAAAAGAGGAGGAAAGAGAAACUAAAACAUGACAAGCUUAUCCUUUCAACCUGGAGAAAAUUUAUAAUGGGCCUUCGUAUCAAUGACCGACUCCGGGAAGAAUAUGGCGCAAUGGGUGAUACUGAAUCUCAUAAUCCAUUUGCAAGUCAGAAAGUCCCAGAAUUGCCCGAGCUUAUGGAGGAUGAUAGCCAUAGACAUGACACAGGGGGCGGAUUCCUUGUUCCUGGAGUUGGCGAGGAUACCCAUGAGGGCGGUGGCUUUUUGGUCGAAGACGAUGAACCAUAUAAAGAUUGCCAAUCAGUUCCCACGAAUUUGGAUGAGCAGGAGGAAAGUCCGCUGUCCAAUAUUAGCGACGCUCCGUCUAUUAUUUCUGAGCCUCCAUAG